AUGCCCUCCAAGACAACCCAGCAUCACUGUGUCCAAUGCAAAGGUGCAGCUAGACGGGCUGAGAAGCUCCAGCGUCUGGAGAAGGAACAAGCCAGAAGAGCCAGCCAGGAGUCGACCAAUGAUGGCGUUGGUCAGCUCAAGCUCAAAUCCAAGCGGAGCAAGAAAAAGGAUAGAAAGAAAGAGAAACGAUCGAGAGCCUAG